AUGCGUUCGAGGUUAGUCGUCUACCAUACAGUUUCACCAGAUAUCCUUCCCUUAGGUAGUCUGCUGGACGAUGACUUCACAAGAACGAUUGCGGGUGCCUUCGUCCAGUUCGAAACAGGUGCCCGCGUAUCCAAGAUCCGUCUGCCCAGCGACUUCUCUGCCGUCCGAAUCAGUGGGCUGCCGUUGAACACCUCAGCGAGAUCGGUUCAGGAUAUGCUUGCUGAAAUGGGGUUGCAUGUCAGCGUCGCCGAUGUGCAUAUGUUGCAGAUGGAAGGCAGCUGUGGCGCAUCCGUGAGGUCGGACGAUGCAUUAUUCUCCAAGAAACUCUGCGCCAUUGUUCAACCUGGCUUUAUAUGGCAGGGCGUCAAGAUAUAUGCAACGCCUGUCGCUGCGCCCAUGCCCUCUAGCCACAAUGCUCGAUGCGUAGACUGCAAGAAGGUCCAUAUAUCCUGGCAUAAGGCAGUCAGGAAUGUCUGGCUAAACUUUGGCAGCGGAGAUGUUGCCCGGAGAGUAAGCGACAUGUUCUCAAAGGGUGUUUAUCGAAUUUUGAAUCAGAAAGUCACCGCCGGGGAAGCUACUGAAGCUAGAUCAGCUUUUCAUCCGUGGUCGCCGUCUAAGAACAGUGUAGCAUGGACUGUUAUGCUGACCGAAGUCCCAGCAACUGCAGAGAGGAGCAACAUCUUGGAGGCUAUUGCACAAGAACGGAACAGGCCGCGUCAUAUAGAAGUAGGCCUUCCAUCGUAUUCAGCUGAUUCUGAGCAAGCCACCACAUUGAUACGCUCGCUUCUGACGGAUAUCGGACCUUUGGAGUAUUUCGAGGUCACACUUGAGACGAACGCUAGGCGAGUCAAAGCAACUACGCGCUUCUUGGACAAAGAGGAUGCUCGGAGAGCUGCCUAA